AUGUGUCUGAAGCUCGGCAAGAUGUUUCCUCCGUGUUACGUUAUACUUUUAGCUUUGUGUUUCGAUUUGGCGACAGAAAGCGUGUUGAUACCUGGAGGUGAUAUUAGUGCUCCCGAUAUAACGGAUAUAGUGUUACCUAAUCAAAGAGAGUCAUUAGCUGACUGUCAAUUUCGACACUUUAAGUAUGGCAAAAAUUCAAUCAUAAAACCUGCCUCUGGUCAACCGACGUACCUGAGAGAGUUUGCACACAUGGCUGCGAUAGGAUGGACACAGCGAGAUGGUAGCAUUACGUGGAACUGUGGCGGAUCUUUAAUAUGGGAAAAUUAUAUUCUAACAGCAGCACACUGUGCUGAGGACGCUCAGAACGAAAAACCGGAUGUCGCACGAUUUGCUGAUUUGGAUCUAUUCAACGACACAGAUGAUCGGUAUGCUCAGCAGAUAAAAAUAGUGGAGAUCAUACGACAUCCAGAACAUAAGUUCCGGGCACGUUAUCACGAUAUCGCUUUAAUGCGUUUAGAGCACAGUGUAAAAGUUCACGACACCGUAGCACCUGCCUGCCUGUGGACGGAUGAUGAAAUUCGUUUCAAAACGUUUGAAGCCACUGGCUGGGGAGACACCGGUUUCGGCGCAGAGAGGACACCUAUUCUGCUGAAAGUAUCUCUCGCUCCCGUGGACAGUGAGCGGUGCAUCGAACAUUAUCUAAAUUUACGAGGACUGCGAUCUGGUUUGCAUACGAAUCAACUAUGUGCCGGAGAUCCACGAAUGGAUACAUGUCCGGGUGAUUCUGGAGGACCGUUACAGGUUAAGCUACUGCACAACACUCGUAUAACUCCAUUCCUGGUCGGAGUAACGUCAUUCGGUACUGCGUGUGGACUUUCAGUGCCAGGAGUUUAUACGAGAGUUGCUCCGUAUGUACCUUGGAUCCGGACCGUGUUAAAUGAUCGUGGUGAAAAUGCUACAGAAUGGAAAUUUCAACCGCAAGCGUGUGCGCUACGUUAUGCAGAGUAUCGAGAAUACGAACCAAGAGUUGUACUGUACAAAACGGAUAAAGAUGAAACGGUUGAUCUAUCUGAGGCUCAUCUGUUCGCUCAAGCAUCAAGUCAGCUAGUGUCAAUUCAUUGGAACGAAACGGAAGAACGAAAGGAGUGCUUUGGAGUGAUAAUAGACGAAAGCACUAUCGUUACUUUAGCCCGGUGUGUCUUAAAGAAAGGGGAUCCUCCAUCUUACGUGAAGUAUUAACAAAACAAGAUAAACAUUGUUACCCACUCCUACAAGCAUCCGAAUUGGACUGAAGGCUCACUUUAUGACGAUGUUGGACUUCUUAGACUGAAGGAUCCGUUGCAGUUUUCCAAAGACUUUACACCAGCGUGCAUUUGGGAACGAGCGGACCUACCUGCUUCUGAAGCUGAAGUAUCUGGCCAUGGGCUGCAAGAACUAAACGAAAUUCACGUGUAUGAGGAAGAUUUGGAGACAACUGCUUCUUUAAAUCGUACUAUCGAUGUACUUGGUGUAGUGAUGUUACAAAACGCUACAAAUUGUACACACAUCCCACAUUUGUCACCAGCCGAACAUAUCUGCUUCGGUGCAGAACCAUUCCUAGUUCCGGGUACCUGUCAGCUAUCUCCGGGUGGACCAAUACAUCGCGAAAUAAUGCGCUCUUCCCGCAGCUUAAUGUAUGUGUUCGCACUUAGCCUUUACGGUCGCGACUGUGGCUUCGGUGAGCCGGCCGUGGGUGUACGGUUGGUGACCCAUAUGCCUUGGAUGGAGUCGAUACUGCUACCGCAGAAAGACGAGGGCGAAGACAAACCAGAACCGUUCAUAUUUUUAAAUAGUGACUUAGAAGAAGGGGAUCCUUGCACUGUGGAUAGCAAAAGUUCAGGAGUUUGUACCAGUGCGAUCAAUUGUCCCUUUAUGCUACAUCGCUUUCGUCAGAAUCAACCGGUUCAGUUUUGUCAGAGUGGAUCCGUUUUGUGCUGCCCGCGAGAGUAUAUUCGCAAUGGAACGGAUGCAGAAUGGAGAGAGAUAGACAGCUGUGCAAACGAAACGGUUGAUGUGGAGAAAGAAUUCGAUCAUAAUCGACAUGUGGUCAACAUCAUUUGGGAGGGAGGACAAGAGGAACAACGUUGCAUCGGGACAAUGGUCACUAGUAGAACCUAUGUGACAGCAGCAAGUUGUCUGGAAGGUGUCGCGGAUCCAGUUUACGUUCACAUUGAACAUAGACAACUUCCAAUGGUUUUAUUGAUGGUCGUUAGGAAUAUAAUAAUACAUCCGGAGUACGAUCGUGCAACAAAACGUCAUAACAUUGCAUUGGUGUCCACCAUGAAUCGUACUGAAGAAUUUUUCGAAAAGGUACCGGUGUGUCUUUGGAGUAAUGCAACGCAUACACCUUUCUAUCUUGAGCAAGUUGGGCUAUCAGAAAACAAAGAUGAAAACGCAGCGCUUACCUUUACGAAGUUUAACACUGACUGUGAGCGAUCGUUCGGUAGAAGUCUAGUAUCUGAAGAAUUAUGUCUAGAUGUAGAGUAUCCGGAGGAAAUGUUUGUGGUUGCUGAAGGCACACCAGCGUUCUGGAGUCAUCGAAAUUCCGUCCACUUUCUCGUUGGUUUUGCCAGCCACAGUGCACCAAACGAUAGCAGUGUGUUUCUGCAUACACGUAUUGCACCGUAUGUAAGCUGGAUUAAGAGUGUUUUGUGA